GUAGGGAGUCCAGGGACGAUUUCAUCAGGAAUGCCAAUUAUGCCACAGCCAGUGUCCGCUCAAGGGUUUGUUUGGACAUCUCAAUAAAAAUACCAUACCGCCACUCGAUCCCUCUCUCUCGUUUUUUUUUCAAAAAAACAGCCAACUCUCUCCUCGUCGAUCUCCUUCACAUCUCACCACCGUCUCCCUCUCUCCGCAGUUUGUGAUUUAAGGUACGCUGAAGUAAAUUACUCUUAACAGCUUUAGGUUUUUAUUAAUUUGCUGAAGGAUUAGUAUAGUUUUAAGAUUCAAUUAGGGUUUGAAUUUCAAUUAUGCCGAGAAGAUACAGCAGCAGCAGCCGUGAAUCUAGUGAUGAAGAGAGAGACAGACGUCGUCUUCGUCAUAGUAAAAGAGAUUCAAAAUCAGACAGUCAUCGUAUUCGGGGCGGCCGUGGAGAUGAGAGUGAUGAAUCGUUAGAUAAUAAGAGACAGGAUAAGCGCGACGAACGUAGUAGGCGUCGCGAUAGGGCUGGAAGUGAUGAAUCAUUAGAGAAAAAACAAGAUAAGCGCGGUGAAAGGAGUAAGCUUAUCGAUAGGGCUAGAGAUGAGGAGAGAUUUAGCCGAGAGAGGAAGGAAGUUAGGGAGAGUUCUGAGGAAGAAGGAGAGUUGGUGGAGAAAAAUAGAAGUCAUGAGGGGCGGCGAGAGAAUCGGGAGAAGGAGAAGGAAAAGGAAAGGGUUAGUAGGAGUUCUGAUGAAGAGGAUGAUAGGAGGAAGAAGAGGGAGAGGAGAGAAAGAGAGAGAAAUGAUCGGUUUGAGAAUGGGCAUAGAAGGAGAGAAAUUGAGGAUAGUUAUAGAAGGAGGGACAGGCAUGAAAGGCAUCGGGCUUUAGAUGAUGAGGAUGAUAGUGGGGUGAGAACAAAAUCGGAGCAAGAUAGGAAUAGGGAUAGGAGGCGUAUAGAUAGAGAUUAUGAUGAUGGUGGUGAUAGAAGGAACGGGAGAGGUAAGGAGAGGAAUAAGAUGGGAAAAGAAGCAGAGAAUUUGAAGGAGCAAGAGGAGGGUCGUAGCAGGACUGCUGAAGAGUCGAAACCUAUGAGAGAAAUGGCAGCGGAAAAAGGAAAUGGGGGUGCCGAUGCUUCGAUUUUGGGUAAGACCGGUGGGGUUUAUAUUCCUCCAUUUAGGUUGGCGAGGAUGAUGAAAGAGGUUGAAGACAAAAGUAGUACUGAGUACCAAAGGCUGACUUGGGAUGCACUGCGUAAGAGUAUUAAUGGACUUGUGAACAAGGUUAAUGCUUCUAAUAUAAAGAAUAUCAUCCCAGAACUGUUUUCGGAGAAUUUGAUACGGGGAAGGGGACUUUUUUGCCGGUCGUGUAUGAAGUCACAGAUGGCAUCUUCAAGAUUCACUGAUGUUUUUGCUGCACUGGUUGCUGUUGUCAACACCAAGUUCCCUGAGGUGGGUGAUCUUCUGUUGAGAAGGAUAGUUCUGCAGCUAAAGAGAGCCUUCAAACGGAAUGACAAGCCUCAGUUGCUAGCUGCUGUUAAAUUUAUAGCACAUCUUGUAAACCAGCAAGUAGCUCAUGAGAUUAUUGCUCUAGAACUCCUAGCUGUUUUGCUGGAAAAUCCCACUGACGACAGUGUUGAGGUGGCUGUGGGGUUUGUCACAGAAUGUGGAUCAAUGCUUCAGGAUGUGUCGCCAAAAGGCUUAGAUGGAGCUUUUGAGCGAUUUCGUGGAAUUCUUCAUGAAGGAGAGAUAGACAAGAGGGUUCAAUUUUUAAUUGAAGGCCUUUUUGCUAUAAGAAAAGCCAAAUUUCAGGGGUACCCUGCUGUUCGUCCAGAAUUGGACCUUGUAGACCAGGAAGACCAGUUAACUCAUGAGUUAUCUCUUUCAGAGGACAUAGUUGCAGAGAUCACUCUUGAUGUCUUCAAACCAGAUCCUAAUUUCCUGGAGAAUGAGAAGCGCUAUGAAGAAUUGAAGAAAAGCCUUCUUGGUGAGGAGUCUGAGGACGAAGAUGGUUCUGAUGCAGCUUCUGGUGAUGAGGAGGAUAACGAUGACGAUGACGAAGAUGAAUCCGAGGAAGAAGAUGAAGAGCAGAUGCGAAUAGAUGAUCAGACAGAAACAAACCUUAUAAACCUUCGGAGAACAAUCUAUCUGACAAUCAUGUCCAGUGUAGAUUUUGAGGAGGCUGGCCACAAACUACUGAAAAUUAAACUAGAGCCGGGACAAGAGAUGGAGCUGUGCAUUAUGCUAUUGGAAUGCUGCAGUCAAGAGAGGACAUAUCUUCGUUAUUACGGUCUUUUGGGGCAGCGGUUCUGUAUGAUCAACAAAGUGCAUCAGGAAAAUUUUGAGAAGUCCUUUGUUCAACAGUACUCGAUGAUUCAUCGUCUUGAAACAAAUAAGCUGCGCAAUGUGGCCAAGUUUUUUGCCCAUUUACUUGGCACUGAUGCAUUGCCUUGGCAUGUUUUAGCCUACAUACGAUUGACUGAGGAGGAUACAACUUCUUCUUCCCGUAUUUUUAUCAAGAUUCUCUUCCAGGAAUUGUCAGAGCAUCUUGGUAUACGAACACUGAAUGAGCGCCUCACAGAUCCAACCAUGCGAGACUCAUUUGAUUCAAUUUUUCCAAAAGAUAACCCCAAGAACACAAGGUUUGCCAUCAACUUCUUCACAUCAAUUGGGCUUGGUGGUAUAACAGAAAAUUUGCGCGAGUACUUGAAGAAUAUGCCUAGGAUGAUCAUGCAACAACAAGAACAAUUGCCAGAAUCAGAAUCUGGAUCAGAUGACGAAUCUGAAAGUUCUCGUUCAUCCGAUUCAGAUUCCGGCAGUUCCGAAUCAGAGUCAGAUUCACCAAGUUCUGAUGAGGAUGAAAGACGUAGGAAGCGACACAGGAGCAGUGAAAGGGGUGAAAGACACAAGAAGCGACACAGGAGCAGUGAAAGGGAUGAAAGACACAGGAAGCGACGCAGGAGUAGUGAAAGGGAUGAAAGACGCAGGAAACGAUAAAGAAGCCUUCUGCUGCAGUGUCAGCUGCUCUUGAUGAUGUCUUUUAAUGCUCUUGGCUGUUCUCGUAUGGUUUGGGAUUGUUCUUACAGCAGUGAUUUCAAGAACCUUGUUUGCCUUAGAAGCUUCUUCUCAUUUUGAGCUUUUCUUUGAUCACAUUUCUUAUUACAAGCUGUUAGACUGUCAUGUACCAUAUUCUGAGGUACCCUCGGGGAGAAUAAGGUAUUGCUUACGAAUGCCUGUUUUUUUUAA